UUUGUCAAUCAAGGUGUAAGUCAGCUAGCAGACAAAGCCGUCUCAUUGGCCCAUGCAGGAAGGACCGGUGGAGGUGAGAGGUUGGCCCCUGCUCAGAUGGGUUGGAAGCCCUGAGGGGGAGUAGAGGGUAAUGACUGGGAGAAAGAUGAGAGGAACAGAUAAAUCUGUCUCGCCGCCUCAAGGGGUUUCCUUCUUGUCUUGUCCAGGGCUGUCUCACAAACACAACUCUCACCACAGCUGCUUCCUAGAUUUUAGUCUUGUUCUGGCUAUGAGGUGUGAGAUGUGAGGGAUGUUAUCUCGGGGAGCUGUGAGCCGAGCAGAAGAUGAAGCUGGAUAAUAAAGUUUCUGUUUUACAUUCAGACAAGUCCCAGCUUGCUAGACAGAAGUUUAUGAGAAUAAUUAGGAAUGUGUCUCCAAUGGAUUUCAGAGUUCUUUGUGUUUUGAACUACUGUAAACAUUGACCUACAGUAACCCCUUUGCAAAAUCUCAAGUUACCCCUAUAUUGCUGGGUAUAAAAUGUAGAGUAAUAUCUAUAAUUCAUCAUUAAGGAAGACACGUUAUAUAAUGAAUAACAGUAUAAUGUAUUAGCCUAACAUUCAUUUAUAUUCAGUCUUUUAAUAAUUAUCCAUGUUUCCAGAAUUUAAUUGCAUUGGUAAUUUGACAACCCACAAUGCCUGCAGAUCAUUCCAGAUCCCAGUCUACGGUCUAUUAAUUACUGGAUAUAGAUGUGUUCACUGCAACAACGUUGACAGACCAGCAUUUGCUGUAGGAAUCUGCAUUGAAAGCAAUUAAUCAGUCGUUUAUCUUAAACUGUAGAAACAUUGGACUUGUGUUCAUGCCUGUGGAAGUUUCUGUUCUGAUGCCUGCUGCUUGAUGCUUGUCCAAGGAUAUGUCUGGGUGCUUUGGUGUGUGUCUGCGUUUUAGAUGUGUGUGUGUGUGUGUGUGUGUGUGUGUACAUGAAGUAUACAUGUCUGUCUGUCUGUCUCCGUUACUGCGUGUAUACGUGUGUUAGAAUCUGUGUGGGUCUUUCUGUGUGUGGGUGUGUAUCAUUUCUAACAGCUGUUCCUAUAUAUCCCACUGGAAUUCAAGGUGUCCAGCGACAGAUUGUUCACUGUGUGGAGAGGACCUCUGGGAUAGUGGAAGAGGGCUACUGUGACCCAACGACCCGUCCUGACGAUAAACGAGCCAGCUGCAACGAGGAGCUUUGCCCAGCCAUGUGAGUUUUCCCCCAGGACCAGAUUUCUACUGGGACAAGACCCACUGUAGGGCUCGCAUGCUCUAAAAUACACACACACGCACGUACAUGCACACACAAACAAAUCAUACAUGCGUUCAUAAACACACUAGAAGGAACACACCCUCUCAUACAUGCACUAAGCAUAAACACACACACACACAUUACACUUUCUGUCUGUCUUUCUCCGUGGCCAUUCCAUUCAGAUGGUGGGUGGGUGAGUGGCAGAAAUGCUCGGCCACGUGCGGUGAGAAGGGCUUGGCCAAGAGGACGGUGCUAUGCAUCCAGGCCGUGGGUCUGGAGGAGAACAGAGCCCUGCAGCCCUCUGAAUGUCACCACAUGCCCAGGCCUGAGUCAGCGGCACCCUGUAACACUCAUGUCCCCUGCCCCGCGGACUGGUCCACCGGCAACUGGUCAGAGGUGAGGAGACCAUUCAGGGGAAUGUGAUCUGGCUCCAGCAGUGACUCACACAGAGAUGGGAGAGGCUAAGGAAGGAAGGAACAUCUGGUCUCGGCUUGUUUAAUGUGGAAAGCAUGAAAGAGCCUGGAAAAUGCAGAUUUUUCUGCACUGGGAGUACAAGUUGAAACAUAGAGGCUAGUUUUACUCCGUUUCCACAAUAUUUGAGUGGAGUAGGCAUGGGAAAGAUUUUGUGGAAGCCCCAUAGGGCGGCGCACAAUUGGCCCAGCGUCGUCCGGGUUUGGCCGGGAUAGGCCGUCAUUGUAAAUAAGAAUUUGUUCUUAAAUAAAAAAAAAGGUUAAAUAAAGGUUAAAUAAAAAAAUGGAAGAGUAGGUGUACAGAACCAUGUUGUUUAUAAAGUUGGCACUAUAACUGGUGUUUAGCUGUUGUAUAUAUAAAGCUGUGUUAUCGAUCAGUUACCAAUCUGUCCUAAUCUGACCCUCCUCUGCUUCUCCCAUAGUGCUCAUUGACGUGUGGCGGUGGUGUGCGGAGCCGAAAGGUUGUCUGUUCCAGAAACACAGGGGUGGACUGUGACCCCCGAAAGAAGCCCAGUUCCCUUACUCCAUGCUACCUCCAGGACUGUCCUCAGAUCAUAGACGUCUUCGGUGGCAGUAACGACUGGUCUGGCAGUGGCUCGUCCAGCAAGGAAAUCAACGAAAUCAACUCCAUCCCUGAUGCCAACCCCCUGCCCAAACACAGUACGACUAGAGCUCAGCCAAGGGCCCCUAACAAUCUGAAUAACAUCAUCCCCCAGCCGAAUCACAUUGACAAGACUACUGACAAGUCAGCCAAAAACAAUGUACCGGUGGACGAUUUUUACUACGACUACAACUUCAUCAAAUUCCACGAGGACAUUUCCUAUGACUUUGGCGUGGGGAACAAUGGUGAAGACUUGGGGGAUGAUCUUGGACUAGAUCCACAAAAGGAGACUAAGCUCAGCUCUAGUGCAGAAGAACAUGUUUACAGAGAAACUACAGCAGAUCCUCCCACAGCUACCUCACCCAUUUCUACCACUUCUAAGACGACUCCUUUCAUUAGGGAAGAUGAGGAACCACAUAACCUGGGCAAUGCAGAGGUUGAUGGCAAACCACAGACUGAGAAACCCAAUGAAGUAGAGAGCGAGGAGGAGGAUGUUCUCCUUUCAGAGGACUAUUUUCUACCUGUUUCCACCACACCCUCAGCACCAGUUUUAGAGACCAGGUUUUCACAAAGAUGGAAAGAAACAAAGGGUAAUUUUGGUUGGCCUCAUUACCUCAGCACAGCACCCAGCCCGGUGUCCACUAGCAUGGGGACCACUGAGAACACACAUGGGCCCCAGAGUGAAGAAGAGGAUGAUGGAAACACUGACAUUUAUGGCCAUUUUGACGUGGAAGACGGCCAUGUUGAUACAGCUAUCGAAUAUAGCACCACUGCCCCUGGCAGCCAUGACUAUGAAGAUGGCACCUUACCCACAACCAUGGUAGAAGAGGAGAAAGAAGAAGUGGGUGGUUUGGACUACAAUUCCCACCAGGAGGCUGCAAUUGGACUGCAAUCCCCUGGCUCCCAAGAUGAAACUGAGAGCCCGGUUCCACCCCUGGAUCCACCUUCCCCAGGCCAUGUGUUUGAGUUUGAAACAUACGAGGACAGCUUUUUCACAACAACCCUGUCCCAAUGGGAGACAACCACCUCUCUUCCAUACGAGCCACCAGCCCCAGACUCCACUGAGGAUUACAAUGGCUUUUUCCCUGAUGAACCAGACUUUGAUCAGCAGGACUUUGAAACUGAGCCCAACACUGAUAGCAAAGUCGAUUUAAGGGUCACCGACAGUGACUUCACAGUGACCUCACAACCUGUCUCUCAGGAGCCACGUCUUCCACCCUCUCCUCCCCCGCCUCUUUCCCAUUCACUCUCAGGAAACCAGGAGAACCUCAAACACAGCAUAUCAACAACUGGAAGUGACUCCCUAUCUCCCACUCAUCUGGAAGGAGACCCUCAGUCUCCACCUGGAAGUGACUCCCCACCUCCCAGUCAUCUGGAAGGAGACCCUCAGUCUCCACCUGGAAGUGACUCCCCACCUCCCAGUCAUCUGGAAGGAGACACUCAGUCUCCACCUGGAAGUGACUCUCCACUUCCCAGUCAUCAGGAAGGAGACCCACCGCCGUUCAUGUUAGCAGAGACAGAGCCAGCCACAGCCCAGUUAGAGACAGACAUCGCAGCACAGUCCUCCACGACUGGGCCAACUCCAUCUAAAGGGGCCAAUGCGGGCCCUCCAGCUCCCUCCCCAUACGGGUGGUCAGAGAUUGACUACAAUGAGAUCCUCAUCCCCCCCAUGCUGAGACCCAGGGGCUCGGACCCUCCCCUCACAUACCAGCCCCCAGUGGAUGUCACCACAACCACUCCCCAGGAUGGCACGAAACCCGUGCCCCUCAACCAGUCCCUUGAGCCAGCAGUGCCCCUCAACCAGUCCCCUGAGCCAGCCAUGCCCCCCACCCAGUCCCUUGAGCCAGCAGUGCCCCUCAACCAGUCCCCUGAGCCAGCCAUGCCCCCCACCCAGUCCCUUGAGCCAGCCGUGCCCCCCAUCCAUUCCCCUGAGCUAGCCAUGUCCCUCACCCAGUCCCUUGAGCCAGCCGUGCCCACUCUGCCAACCCAUUCUCCCACCCCACCCUGGUGGACACCAGAGCCAACCCAAGCGCCGAGCCCAGCUUCAACUCCAGUCGCCACAGCUUCCUUCUGGAGAGCCGGCCAACUGGAGCGCAGUGAGUUGCACUACUCUCUAUGCAUUCCACACAUUCUCCCUGGUGUAAAUGUGGGAGGAACAAGGCCCAGCAGUGUGCCACUAUUAAUGUCCCCCGUUCUUUUAUUAUGCUGACAUACUGCAACUCUGGCCUCAGGUUUCCUACAUAAACAACCCAACGCUUCUAUCAUGAUGAAUGGGUGCUCUCUGACCUUUUCAGAUUGCCACGGGGAAAUAUAUCAGCCCCAUUUUUCCAACAGGUCAUGACACAGUGCACGCUGCUUUCUGCCUGUGUUUUAAGAGUGAAAUCAAAUAUGACUUGCACUCUCUCAAAGUCAACCACAUUCACUCUGUACAGAAAGACACAACAGAUCAAGUCUCUCGUAUUCCAUUGUGUUGGGUUUGUAAAUGAGAAAGUAUUUUGUCCUUAGUGACUAAUCUCUAUGUAUCUGAAUGGGCUGCAACUCUUACAGUGGAUUACAAGACAUUGAAUGAUGCAUGGUUCACUCUACACUGCCUCCCCUUGUGUUGCAGUGUUCUACUAGCUGUGGAUUGGGGGCCAUCUGGAGGCUGGUGGUCUGCAGCACGGGAGUGGAGUCUGCCUGUGACCUGACCAAGAGGCCCGUGCCGGCCCGGCGCUGCUACCUCCGACCCUGUUCCUCCUGGAGGAUAGGGAACUGGACCAAGGUGAGGCCCCACACCAGGGAUGGGAUGAUAAUGGAAUGUUGUAUCAUGAGUCAGGGAUGGAAUGAUAAUGGAAUGUUGUAUCAUGAGUCAGGGAUGGGAUGAUAAUGGAAUUGUUGUAUCAUGAGUCCGGGAUGGGAUGAUAAUGGAAUGUUGUAUCAUGAGUCAGGGAUGGAAUGAUAAUGGAAUGUUGUAUCAUGAGUCAGGGAUGGGAUGAUAAUGGAAUGUUGUAUCAUGAGUCAGGGAUGGGAUGAUAAUGGAAUGUUGUAUCAUGAGUCAGGGAUGGGAUGAUAAUGGAAUGUUGUAUCAUGAGUCAGGGAUGGGAUGAUAAUGGAAUGUUGUAUCAUGAGUCAGGGAUGGGAUGAUAAUGGAAUUGUUGUAUCAUGAGUCAGGGAUGGGAUGAUAAUGGAAUGUUCUAUCAUGAGUCAGGGAUGGGAUGAUAAUGGAAUACUAAUGUUAGUAAUAAUAAAUCAGUCAGUAUUGUAUCAAGCAACAGUUUUUAUCACGAUAACGGAAUUGUUUCAGCACCGCCCCUCUCACCCUCUUUCGCCCCAGUGUUCCAGGAACUGUGCUGGUGGGGUGACCCUGCGUGAGAUCCAGUGCUUUGACACCAGGGACCAGAGGCCUUUGCGGCCCUUCCACUGUCAGGCUGUGUCUACCCGGCCGGUGGCCCACAUGCCCUGCAACCCCCAGCCCUGCCUGGACUGGUACUCUUCUUCCUGGGGACAGGUUAGUUACAUCCUUUCCUCCCAAUCCUCUCUCCUCAUCUCCUUACCACCCAUAAUUAUGCCUAACCUCUCACUGUGAUAGUUGAUGUGUAAUAAGGAGUUACAUUUUACAUUUACAUUUUAGUCAUUUAGCAGACGCUCUUAUCCAGAGCGACUUACAGUAGUGAGUUCCUACUUUUUUUUUUUAUACUGGCCCCCCGUGGGAAAUGAACCCACAACCCUGGCGUUGCAAACGCCAUGCUCUACCAACUGAGCUACACGGGACUUUUAAACAUAUUUGCAUACAUGUUUUUACAAAAUCACCAUCACACUUUUGAAAUUUCCACAACAAACCGAUUCUGACCAGCAGUGUAAUAAAAUAAAUGAUAUCAGCCCAUUUAAAAUACAAUAAGAUUAACAAUUUUGAAUCACCGAAACGGUUUGACUCGCUAGAAUAAACUAAAUGAUAUCACCAUUCUAAAUUCACACAUAGAUUUAUAUAGUGCUUUGCUGAUGACCUUGUGAUGAUAAAAAACGGGUUUCAUAUGUGAUACGCUUAAGUGUUAUAGGUGUUACAAUGACUUGUGAUAGUUAGAACUUUAUAAGGGGUUAUCCAUGUAUAUAGUUAAAAGAGGGUUAUCACUGUUAAAAAAGUUAAAUGUGUCUAAGGGGUUAGUCACUAGGAGGAUAUGAGAUGUGUAAAGUUUCAUUCACUGAUAUUAUGUAUAGUGGUUAUCUCACUGUGAUAGUUAUGUGUAAAAGGGAUUAUCACUGUGAUAGUUGAUGUGUAAUAAGGGGUUAUCACUGUGAUAGUUGAUGUGUAAUAAGGGGUUAUUUUCACUGUGAUAGUUGAGUGUAAUAAAGGGUUAUCACAUGUGAUAGUUGAUGUGUAAUAAGGGGUUAUCAUCACUGUGAUAGUUGAUGUGUAAUAAGGGGUUAUCAUCACUGUGAUAGUUGAUGUGUAAUAAGGGGUUAUCAUCACUGUGAUAGUUGAUGUGUAAUAAGGGGUUAUCAUCACUGUGAUAGUUGAUGUGUAAUAAGGGGUUAUCAUCACUGUGAUAGUUGAUGUGUAAUAAGGGGUUAUCAUCACUGUGAUAGUUGAUGUGUAAUAAGGGGUUAUCAUCACUGUGAUAGUUGAUGUGUAAUAAGGGGUUAUCAUCACUGUGAUAGUUGAUGUGUAAUAAGGGGUUAUCAUCACUGUGAUAGUUGAUGUGUAAUAAGGGGUUAUCAUCACUGUGAUAGUUGAUGUGUAAUAAGGGGUUAUCAUCACUGUGAUAGUUGAUGUGUAAUAAAGGGUUAUCACUGUGAUAGUUGAUGUGUAAUAAGGGGUUAUCUUCACUGUGAUAGUUGAUGUGUAAUAAGGGGUUAUCAUCACUGUGAUAGUUGAUGUGUAAUAAGGGGUUAUCAUCACUGUGAUAGUUGAUGUGUAAUAAGGGGUUAUCAUCACUGAUAGUUGAUGUGUAAUAAAGGGUUAUCAUCACUGUGAUAGUUGAUGUGUAAUAAGGGGUUAUCAUCACUGUGAUAGUUGAUGUGUAAUAAGGGGUUAUCACUGUGAUAGUUGAUGUGUAAUAAAGGGUUAUCACUGUGAUAGUUGAUGUGUAAUAAGGGGUUAUCUUCACUGUGAUAGUUGAUGUGUAAUAAGGGGUUAUCAUCACUGUGAUAGUUGAUGUGUAAUAAGGGGUUAUCAUCACUGUGAUAGUUGAUGUGUAAUAAAGGGGUUAUCAUCACUGUGAUAGUUGAUGUGUAAUAAGGGGUUAUCAUCACUGUGAUAGUUGAUGUGUAAUAAAGGGUUAUCAUCACUGUGAUAGUUGAUGUGUAAUAAGGGGUUAUCAUCACUGUGAUAGUUGAUGUGUAAUAAGGGGUUAUCACUGUGAUAGUUGAUGUGUAAUAAGGGUUAUCACUGUGAUAGUUGAUGUGUAAUAAGGGGUUAUCUUCACUGUGAUAGUUGAUGUGUAAUAAGGGGUUAUCAUCACUGUGAUAGUUGAUGUGUAAUAAGGGGUUAUCACUGUGAUAGUUGAUAUGUAAUAAAGGGUUAUCACUGUGAUAGUUGAUGUGUAAUAAGGGGUUAUCAUCACUGUGAUAGUUGAUGUGUAAUAAGGGGUUAUCAUCACUGUGAUAGUUGAUGUGUAAUAAGGGUUAUCACUGUGAUAGUUGAUGUGUAAUAAGGGGUUAUCUUCACUGUGAUAGUUGAUGUGUAAUAAGGGGUUAUCAUCACUGUGAUAGUUGAUGUGUAAUAAAGGGUUAUCACUGUGAUAGUUGAUGUGUAAUAAGGGGUUAUCACUGUGAUAGUUGAUGUGUAAUAAGGGGUUAUCAUCACUGAUAGUUGAUGUGUAAUAAGGGGUUAUCACUGUGAUAGCUGAUGUGUAAUAAGGGGUUAUCACUGUGAUAGUUGAUGUGUAAUAAGGGGUUAUCACUGUGAUAGUUGAUGUGUAAUAAGGGGUUAUCAUCACUGUGAUAGUUGAUGUGUAAUAAGGGGUUAUCACUGUGAUAGUUGAUGUGUAAUAUGGGGUUAUCAUCACUGUGAUAGUUGAUGUGUAAUAAGGGGUUAUCACUGUGAUAGUUGAUGUGUAAUAAGGGGUUAUCACUGUGAUAGUUGAUGUGUAAUAAAGGGUUAUCACUGUGAUAGUUUGAUGUGUAAUAAGGGGUUAUCCACUGUGAUAGUUGAUGUGUAAUAAAGGGGUUAUCACUGUGAUAGUUGAUGUGUAAUAAGGGGUUAUCAUCACUGUGAUAGUUGAUGUGUAAUAAAGGGGUUAUCAUCACUGUGAUAGUUGAUGUGUAAUAAGGGUUAUCAUCACUGUGAUAGUUGAUGUGUAAUAAUGGGUUAUCAUCACUGUGAUAGUUGAUGUGUAAUAAGGGGUUAUCAUCACUGUGAUAGUUGAUGUGUAAUAAAGGGGUAUCUUCACUGUGAUAGUUGUUGUAAUAAGGGGUUAUCAUCACUGUGAUAGUUGAUGUGUAAUAAGGGGUUAUAAACUGUGAUAGUUGAUAUGUAAAAAAGGGUUUAUAUCACUGUGAUAGUUGAUGUGUAAUAAGGGGUUAUCAUCACUGUGAUAGUUGAUGUGUAAUAAGGGGUAUCAUUGAUAUGAGUGAUAGUAUGUGAUGUGUGUGAAUAAGGGGUUAUCUCACUGUGAUAGUUGAUGUGUAAUAUGGGGUUAUCAUCACUGUGAUAGUUGAUGUGUAAUAAGGGUUAUCAUCACUGUGAUAGUUGAUGUGUAAUAAGGGAUUAUCAUCACUGUGAUAGUUGAUGUGUAAUAAGGGGUUAUCACCGUGAUAGUUGAUGUGUAAUAAGGGGUUAUCACUGUGAUAGUUGAUGUGUAAUAAGGGGUUAUCACUGUGAUAGUUGAUGUGUAAUAAGGAGUUUAUCACUGUGAUAGUUGAUGUAUAAUAAGGGGUUAUCAUCACUGUGAUAGCUGAUGUGUAAUAAAGGGUUAUCAUCACUGUGAUAGUUGAUGUGUAAUAAGGGGUUAUCAUCACUGUGAUAGUUGAUGUGUAAUAAAGGGUUAUCAUAAUAAUAAUAAUAUGCCAUUUAGCAGACGCUUUUUAUCCAAAGCGACUUACAGUCAUGCGUGCAUACAUUUUUUGUGUAUGGGUGGUCCCGGGGAUCGAACCCACUACCUUGGCGUUACAAGCGCCGUGCUCUACCAGCUGAGCUACAGAGGACCAUCAUCACUGUGAUAGUUGAUGUAUAAUAAGGGGUUAUCAUCACUGUGAUAGUUGAUGUGUAAUAAGGGGUUAUCAUCACUGUGAUAGUUGAUGUGUAAUAAGGGGUUAUCAUCACUGUGAUAGCUGAUGUGUAAUAUGGGGUUACCCACAUAGUUCCCCUCAUGCAAUGUUAAGUGCUUUGAGACUGUCUGAAAAGCACUACGCACAGUCAGGGUUAUCCUUAAAAGUGUGUGUGUGUGCGUGUGUUUCCCAGUGCUCUGAGGUGUGUGGGGGAGGGGAGCAGCAACGUCUGGUUACCUGUCCAGAAGAGGAUCGCUGUGAUGAGGACCUUCUGCCCAGUAACAUCCAGGCCUGUAACAGCCAACCCUGUGCCCAAUGGGUCACUGGCUCCUGGGGACAGGUAAGAGACAGAUACUGUAUACACACACGGCAUAAACACACACACACAGCCUACAGGUGUUGCUGCAGGUGUUGUGUGUAUGUGAAGGAUGUACCAUUGUGCCUUCAUUCACAGUAAUGUUGUAUUAUAUUGUGUACCUACUCACAUACACCCACACAGGUGCACAUGAGAAACAGUCACAGACAAUCACAGCAUCAUCCAACAUGAUUGUUUACGCUCUGCGGUAGUAGAUGUUCUGUCUUCCACUUUAAUGUGUGUAUCAAAAUUCAGCAUUGUAAACAAAGCAAUAGGAACUCCUAGUUAGGAGAGUAGAAUGGAACUCCUAGUUGGAAGAAUAGAACAGAAUGGAACUCCUAGUUGGGAGAAUAGAAUGAAACACCUAGAUGGGAGAAUAGAAUGGAAGUCCUAGAUGGAAGAAUAGAAUGGAACUCCUAGAUGGGAUAAUAGAAUUGAACUCCUAGUUGGGAGAAUAGAAUAGAAUGGAAGUCCUAGAUGGGAAAAUAUAAUUGAACUCCUAGAUGGGAGAAUAGAAUAGAAUGGAACUCCUAGUUGGGAGAAUAGAAUAGAAUGGAACUCCUAGAUGGGAGAAUAGAAUGGAACUCCUAGGUGAGAGAAUAUAACAGAAUGGAACUCCUAGAUGGGAGAAUAGAAUGGAACUCCUAGAUGGGAGAAUAGAAUGGAACUCCUAGAUGGGAGAAUAGAAUGGAACUCCUAGAUGGGAGAAUAGAAUAGAAUGGAACUCCUAGAUGGGAGAAUAGAAUAGAACUCCUAGAUGGGAGAAUAGAAUGGAACUCCUAGUUGGGAGAUAGAAUAGAAUGGAACUCCUAGUGAGAGAAAUAGAAUGGAACUCCUAGAUGAUAGAAUGGAACUCCUAGAUGGGAAGAAUAGAAUGGAACUCCUAGAUGGGAGAAUAGAAUAGAAUGGAACUCCUAGGUGAGAGAAUAGAAUGGAACUCCUAGAUGGUAGAAUAGAAUGGAACUCCUAGUUGGGAGAAUAGAAUAGAAUGGAACUCCUAGAUAGGAGAAUAGAAUAGAAUGGAACUCCUAGUUGGGAGAAUAGAAUAGAAUGGAACUCCUAGAUGGGAGAAUAGAAUGGAACUCCUAGAUGGGAGAAUAGAAUAGAAUGGAACUCCUAGAUGGGAGAAUAGAACAGAAUGGAACUCCUAGUUGGGAGAAUAUAAUAGAAUGGAACUCCUAGAUGGGAGAAUAGAAUAGAAUGGAACUCCUAGAUGGGAGAUAGAAUAGAAUGGAACUCCUAGUUGGGAGAAUAGAAUAGAAUGGAACUCCUAGUGGGAGAAGUAGAAUGGAACUCCUAGUUGGGAUAGAAUAGAAUGGAACUCCUAGAUGGGAGAAUAGAAAGAAUGGAACUCCUAGUGGGAGAAUGAAUAGAAUGGAACUCCUAGAUGAUAGAAUAGAAUGAAGGAACUCCUAGAUGGGGAAGGAAUCCUAAUAGAAAAUGGAACUCCUAGAUGGAAGAAUAGAAUGGAAGAUGCUCUAGAUGGGAGAAUAGAAUGGAACUCCUAGAUGGGAGAAUAGAAUAGAAUGGAACUCCUAGAUGGGAAUAAAUAGAAUGGAACUCCUAGAUGGGAGAAUAGAAUGGAACUCUAGUGGGAGAAUAGAAUAGAAUGGAACUCCUAGAUGAUGGAAAGAAUGGAAACCUGAGAUAGAAUGGAACUCCUAGAUGGGAGAAUAGAACAGAAUGGAACUCCUAGUUGGGAGAGUAUAAUAGAAUGUAACUCCUAGAUGGGAGAAUAGAAUAGAAUGGAACUCCUAGAUGGAUAGAAUAGAAUGGAACUCCUAGAUGGGAGAAUAGAAUAGAAUGGAACUCCUAGAUGGGAAUAUAGAAUGGAACUCCUAGAUGGGAGAAUAGAAUGGAACUCCUAGAUGGGAGAAUAGAAUAGAAUGGAACUCCUAGAUGGGAGAUAGAAUAUAAUGGAACUCCUAGAUGGAGUAGAACUAGAAUGGAACUCCUAGAUGGGAGAAUGAGAAUGAACUCCUAGAUGGGAGAAUAGAUAGAAUGGAACUCCUAGAUGGGAGAAUAGAAUAGAAUGGAACUCCUAGAUGGGAGAAUAGAAUAGAAUGGAACUCCUAGAUGAUAGAUAUAAUGUAACUCCUAGAUGGGAGAAUAGAAUAGAAUGGAACUCCUAGAUGGGAAUAUAGAAUGGAACUCCUAGUUGGGAGAAUAGAAUAGAAUGGAACUCCUAGAUGGAUAGAAUAGAAUGGAACUCCUAGAUGGGAGAAUAGAACAAAUGGAACUCCUAGUUGGGAGAAUAGAAUAGAAUGGAACUCCCAUUGGAGAUAGAAUAGAAUGGAACUCCUAGAUAGAAAAGAAUAGAAUGGAACUCCUAGAUGGAGAAUAGAAUAGAAUGGAACUCCUAGAUGGGAGAAUAGAAUGGAACUCCUAGAUGGGAGAAAAAGAAUGGAACUCCUAGUUGGGAGAAUAGAAUAGAAUGGAACUCCUAGAUGGGAGAAUAGAAUGGAACUCCUAGUUGGGAGAAUAGAAUAGAAUGGAACUCCUAGUUGGGAGAAUAGAAUGGAACUCCUAUGGGAGAUAGAAUAGAAUGGAACUCCUAGAUGGGAGAAUAGAAUAGAAUGGAACUCCUAGAUGGAAUAGAAUAGACUCCUAGAUGGGAGAAUAAAUAGAAUGGAACUCCUAGAUGGGAAUAGAAGAAUGGAACUCCUAGAUGAUAGAAUAAGGAACUCCUAGAUGGGAGAAUAGAAUAGAAUGGAACUCCUAGAUGGGAAUAUAGAAUGGAACUCCUAGAUGAUAGAAUAGAAUGGAACUCCUAGAUGGGAGAAUAGAAUUGGAACUCCUAGAUGGAAGAAUAGAAUAGAAUGGAACUCCUAGAUGGGAGAAUAGAAUAGAAUGGAACUCCUAGAUGAUAGAAUAGAAUGGAACUCCUAGAUGGGAGAAUAGAAUAGAAUGGAACUCCUAGUGGGAGAUAGAAUAGAAUGGAACUCCUAGAUGAUAGAAUAGAAUGGAACUCCUGAUGUUGGAAGAAUAGAAUGGAACUCCUAGAUGGGAGAAUAGAAUAGAAUGGAACUCCUAGAUGAUAGAAUAGAAUGGAACUCCUUGUUGGAAGAAUAGAAUGGAACUCCUAGAUGGGAGAAUAGAACAGAAUGGAACUCCUAGAUGGGAGAAUAGAAUGGAACUCCUAGGGAGAUAGAAUAGAAUGUAACUCCUAGAUGGGAGAAUAGAAUAGAAUGGAACUCCUAGAUGGGAGAAUAGAAUAGAAUGGAACUCCUAGAUGAUAGAAUAGAAUGGAACUCCUAGAUGGGAGAAUAGAAUGGAACUCCUAGUUGGGAGAAUAGAAUAGAAUGGAACUCCUAGAUGAUAGAAUAGAAUGGAACUCCUAGAUUGGAUAGAAUAGAAUGGAACUCCUAGAUGGGAAAUAGAAUGGAACUCCUAGUGGGAGAAUAGAAUGGAACUCCUAGUUGGGAGAAUAGAAUAGAAUGGAACUCCUAGAUGGGAUAGAAUAGAAUGGAACUCCUAGAUGGGAGAAUAGAACAGAAUGGAACUCCUAGAUGGGAGAAUAGAAUGGAACUCCUAGUUGGGAAGAAUAGAAUGGAACUCCUAGAUGGGAGAAUAGAAUAGAAUGGAACUCCUAGAUGAUAGAAUAGAAUGGAACUCCUAGAUGGGAGAAUAGAAUAGAAUGGAACUCCUAGAUGGGAAUAGAAUGGAACUCCUAGAUGGGAGAAUAGAAAGAAUGGAACUCCUAGUGAGAAUAGAAUGUGGAACUCCUAGAUGGGAGAAUAGAAUGGAACUCCUAGAUGGCGAAUAAUAGAAUGGAAUCCUAGAUGGGAGAAUAGAAUGGAACUCCUAGUGGGAGAAUAGAAUGGAAUCUCCUAGUUGGAGAUAGAAUAGAAUGGAACUCCUAGAUGGGAGAAUAGAAUGGAACUCCUAGAUGGGAGAAUAGAAUAGAAUGGAACUCCUAGAUGGGAGAAUAGAAUGGAACUCCUAGAUGAGAGAAUAUAACAGAAUGGAACUCCUAGAUGGAGAAUAAUAGAAUGGAACUCCUAGUGUAGAGAAUCCUAAAAGAAUGGAACUCCUAGUGGGAAAAUAAACUCGAUGGGAAAGAAGAAUGGAACAUGGGAGCUGAAUGACUUCUUUGAAUAGAAAGAAGACUCCUAGUUGGAGUAGAUGUAUGAGAACUAACUCUAUGAAGAUCUCUUAGAAAAGAACUAGAUUAUGACGAUGGUUGUUGGGGUAAAGAAUAAUGACACACUCUUAUGGAGAUAAAGGAAUCUAGUUGAACGAUAAAAGAAAACUUAUUAAUAAGACUUAAAGGCUCCAGAGAGAUGAGAAGAACCUAGUGUAAUAAGACCCAAUGGGUGUUGCCAGGAAAUAAAUGGACCAUUAGAAAAGAACUCCUUGAAUAUACUCCUUGGGAUAAUGCUCCUAGUUGGAGGAAUAAGCUCCUAGAUAGAUGAUGCUCCUUUAAUAAAAAGAAUCUGAGAUGAUAAUCUUUGGAGAAAGAAUGAUAGUGGGAGAAGAUAAGGAACUCUAGAUGAUAGAAUAGAUGGAACUCUGUGGAGAAGAAUGGAACUGAGAUGGGAGAAUAGAAAGAAGGAACUCUAGAUGGAGAAUAGAAUGGAACUCCUAGUUGGGAGAAUAGAAUAGAAUGGAACUCCUAGUUGGGAGAAUAGAAUAGAAUGGAACUCCUAGAUGAUAGAAUAGAAUGGAACUCCUAGAUGGGAAUAUAGAAUGGAACUCCUAGAUGAUAGAAUAUAAUGUAACUCCUAGAUGGGAGAAAUAGAAUAGAAUGGAACUCCUAGAUGGGAGAAUAGAAUAGAAUGGAACUCCUAGAUGGGAAUAUAGAAUGGAACUCCUAGAUGAUAGAAUAGAAUGUAACUCCUAGAUGGGAGAAUAGAAUAGAAUGGAACUCCUAGAUGGGAAUAUAGAAUGGAACUCCUAGUUGGGAGAAUAGAAUAGAAUGGAACUCCUAGAUGAUAGAAUAGAAUGGAACUCCUAGAUGGGAGAAUAGAACAGAAUGGAACUCCUAGAUGGGAGAAUAGAAUGGAACUCCUAGUUGGGAGAAUAGAAUAGAAUGGAACUCCUAGUUGGGAGAAUAGAAUAGAAUGGAACUCCUAGAUGAUAGAAUAGAAUGGAACUCCUAGAUGGGAGAAUAGAAUAGAAUGGAACUCCUAGAUGGGAGAAUAGAAUGGAACUCCUAGAUGGGAGAAUAGAACAGAAUGGAACUCCUAGUUGGGAGAAUGAGAAUAGAAUGGAACUCCUAGAUGGGAGAAUAGAAUGGAACUCCUAGUUGGCAGAAUAGAAUAGAAUGGAACUCCUAGUUGGGAGAAUAGAAUGGAACUCCUAGUUGGGAGAAUAGAAUAGAAUGGAACUCCUAGAUGAUAGAAUAGAAUGGAACUCCUAGUUGGGAGAAUAGAAUAGAAUGGAACUCCUAGAUGGGAUAAUAGAAUGGAACUCCUAGAUGGGAGAAUAGAAUAGAAUGGAACUCCUAGUUGGGAGAAUAUAACAGAAUGGAACUCCUAGAUGGGAUAAUAGAAUAGAAUGGAACUCCUAGAUGGGAGAAUAGAAUAGAAUGGAACUCCUAGAUGGGAGAAUAGAAUAGAAUGGAACUCCUAGAUGGGAGAAUAGAAUAGAAUGGAACUCCUAGAUGGGAGAAUGGAAUGGAACUCCUAGUUGGGAGAAUAGAAUGGAACUCCUAGAUGGGAGAAUAGAAUGGAACUCCUAGAUGGGAGAAUGGAAUGGAACUCAUAGAUGGGAGAAUAGAAUGGAACUCCUAGAUGGGAGAAUAGAAUGGAACUCCUAGUUGGGAGAAUAGAAUGGAUCUCCUAGUUGGGAGAAUAGAAUGGAACUCCUAGAUGGGAGAAUAGAAUGGAACUCCUAGAUGGGAGAAUAGAAUGGAACUCCUAGAUGGGAGAAUAGAAUGGAACUCCUAGGUGAGAGAAUAUAACAGAAUGGAACUCCUAGGUGGGAAAUUCACAAACACAUGAAAACUGGAACUGAAUGGAAAUGGAGCUGAAGCCUUGCUUUGAAUAACACAGAAACACAUAUUAUCGUAUGUAUGAGAACAACUCUAUGAAGACUUCUCUUCAGCAAAGAAUAGAUUGACUGUGGUUUUGUCAAAACCUGCAAUAAUGACACAUUCUUCUUAUUUCAUCAUAAAGCAAUUUCUGAGUCUGAACUAUAAAACGACAAAAAUGAUUACUGACUUAAAGCUGCAGAAGAUGAGCAAACCCCAACCUGUUUCAGACCUCAUGCUGUUUCGCCAGCAAUUACAUGACUCAUUCAGAGCCCACACCUCCCUCCAUCACUCCUUCCAUCCUCCCUCAGAAGUUGGAGCCAAACCAGCCUUUGAUAGCAGCGAGUGCUGCUUUAAUCCCAAACCACGUCAAAACUGCAAGAGACUAUCUUUGCUAGGACACACAGAGAGAGUGAGAGAGAGUGAGAGAAAGAGAGAGCGAAUGAGAGAGAGAAGAGAGAGAGAGAGAGAGAGAGAGACAGAGAAAGCGAGAGAGCGAGAGAGACAGAGAAAGCAAGAGAGAGAAAGCGAGAGGGAAAGCGAGAGAGAGAAAGCAAGAGAGAGAAAGAGAAAGGGAAAGCGAGAGAGAGAUACAGAGAAAGCAAGAGAGAAAGAGAGAGAGAGAGGGAAAGCGAGAGAGAAAGAGAGAGGGAAAGCGAGAGAGUGAUAACACACACACACCAAGUCCUCCACUAAGCGUUUGUGUUGCCUCCCUCAAGCUAGUGCCUGACCUAGCUUCACACGAGCACACACAGAGCCUGGCUCCCUAUGGAGUUGUGUGUGCUAUGCACGUGCCCACCUCAAGGGUUUGAUGAGGAACGACUUUCACCAUGAUUAGAAUGUGGGGGGAGAUGGAGCCAUCAGGCCUGCUGCUGUGUGUAAUUGAUGUGCUUUGAUUUGCUCAGUGGUAAUGACCUUAGGAGGAGGGAGAUCCAGGCCGGGCCAGGCUGGGGUGACACACUAUAGGAAGCCAGGAAUCUAUUGACGCGGGUAGCCUAGGUCUGUGGCAGAUGCUGUGCAUCUAAUGUAAUUACUGUGAUCAAGAACACUCUAUAAAUGGGCUGAUAGUUACUGCUCAUUACCGAAAGGAUCACUCACUGCCCAUUGUUAUUCAAUGUUCUUGGUGAACUGUGAUUAAAUUGUGUUUUCCUGUUCUUCUGUGGAAACACCCGGUCUUGUUACUGCCAUAGGAUCAGAUCAUUAUUGAACUUUUUGAAGGAUUGCACUCCAUUUCUUUAUUUGUUAAGGAACACGCUACACGAGUACAGUAUUGCAGCAGUUAGCCACAUAUAGCUAUUCUCCAUGUUACUUGUAUUCCCUGUUUUGAAGAUGUAGUGCUUUUGUAGUGCUCCUUUAAGUCUGCCUGUCUCUACACAAUAUUACAGAAGCAGUGAUCUUGUUUGAUCGUGUUUGCUUUCUGUUCUAUGUGUUCUACAUCUCUCUGUGUGUGUGUGUGUGUGUGUGUGUGUGUGUGUGUGUGUGCGCGCAUGAAGUUGAACGCCUGUGUGCUUAUGACUUAACGUGUGAUGCAGCUUACAGCUUGACUAUCACUGUGUCCAAACAGCCCUCAGUAUAUCAGUGUUUCCCCCAUCCCAGUGCUCUGCAUCCUGUGGUGGCGGCGUGCAGCGGAGGCUGGUGAAGUGUGUGAACACCAAGACAGAGGAGGAGGAGCAUGCCCAGUGUGACCCUGAGCCCUGGCCAGAAAACAGCCAGAAGUGUAACCUGAAUGAG